AUGGCAUACAAGGUACGAAAGGCAAAUAUAUUUACCUACGCAAAAUUUAAUGUCCCAGCCCUCCUAUCACUCGCCGAGAGCAUUCGCGGGAAGGAAUGCUCUUGUGACGAAACCCAGCGCCCUAGUAGUGGUAGCCUGAAUUGGGUCGUCUUCAUCUCUUUUGAUGAUGGGGUUGAAUGGGUUUUCAGGUCGCCGCGGAGAUCGUUCGGGCUCCAGAAAACCACUGCUGGUGAGGUGCUUGUGAGUGAGGUAGCAACGAUGAACUACCUCAGAGAAAUGGGCAAGAUUCCUGUUCCAGAAGUGUUCUCUUACUGGUAA